AUGGGACCCGCACUGGGAAGCAGGGUGCCCGCAGCCUUGCGCUUUUGCUGGGGAUGUCGAGCACCACGCUGGAGCCAUGGGUCCCCCACAGCCACCACCGUGUCCCCGCAGCUGGAGUCGAAGGCAGGCAAAGGGAUCGCGGAGCGCACGCUGCCGGACUGGAAGGUGGCGUUGAAGAGGGAGCGUGAGGAGCACCAGCAUCUCCUCGCCGAGUCCUACAGCGCUGUCAUGGACCUCACCAAACAGCUGCAGAUCAGCGAGAAGAACUGGAACCAGGAGAAAGUGGAGCUGCUGGCCCGCUUCAAGGAGGAGCAGCAGCAGGCAGAGCAGCAAGCGAAGGACCUGCAGAACAAAAUCAACCAGUUGCAGAAAGGAGCCAACCCGUGGGCAUUGAAGCACUCUGAAAUAGAGAAGCAUGGUAGCAACUGGAAAGAGGCUCUCAAUGAAAAAAUCACGGACAAAGAGACAAUCUCUGAAGCAGAAGCCAAGGGAACCAACCUCAAAAGGACCAAGUCCGUUUCCUCCAUGUCAGAGUUCGAAAGCUUGCUCGACUGUUCUCCCUACCUCCCUGGAAAGACCACCUCGGGGCUGGGCGACCAUUCCCGGGGCAGAAAGGCAUCUGCGGCCACCCAGCUGCUGCCCAACGGGAUCCGGGACAGCGCCGGCGUUCCUCCCUCAAACUGUACAUAUGUGAAUAUUGAGCAACCUGCCCCCGACAGCCUGGCCAAGGAGAAGCUGGGCAUCUCCUCCUGGGACUACUCGAGGACAAGCAGCUUCUCCGGGCACGACCCAGCCCAGAAGCAAAUGCAGAGAAGCUACACGGCUCCUGACAAGACAGGGAUCCGCAUCUACUACAGCCCACCGGUGGUGCGGCGGCUGGAGGCACCUCUGGUGCACAACAAGGAGGGGAAGAUCAUGAUCGAACCCGGUUUCUUGUUCACCAUGGCCAAGCCGAAGGAGCCAGAGGAGUCAGCCAGCGCUGAGAGCACCUACAGCCAGUGGCUGUGCAACUUCUCCAAAAUGGCCGGCGGCACGGUGGAGAGCGUGGUGCCACCGGUGCCCCGCUUCCCCCCGUCGCUGCACGACCUGGAGAUCUCCGGCAACAUGAGCGACGACAUGAAGGAGAUCACCAACUGCGUGCGGCAGGCCAUCCGCUCCAGCUCACUGGAGAGGAAGGUGAAAAGUGCCUCCAGCCAGACGGUGGGGCUGGCCCACGUGGGGACGCAGACCAUCCAGACGGUGAGCGUCGGCCUGCAGACUGACCUGCCGCGGGGCAGCGGCGUGCACGGCAAGAGCUGGUCCCCGCGCAGCUCCUCCCUGGUGUCCGUGCGCAGCAAGCAGAUCUCCUCCUCCCUGGAUAAGGUCCACUCCAGGAUCGAGCGGCCCUGCUGCUCCCCAAAAUACGGCUCUCCAAAGCUCCAGAGGAGGUCUUCCUCCAAGCUGGAUGCCUCCAAGGACAGGAGCCUCUGGAACCUGCACCAGAGCAAGCAGAACGGCUCUGCCUGGGCCCGCUCCACGACCACCCGUGACAGCCCCGUCCUCAGCAAUAUCAAUGAUGGCUUAGGCGUGUCCAGCUUGUUCAGCGUGGUGGAUCACGCAGGCAGCACUGAGUCCAUCUGGAAGCCGGGCUGCCCUGAGAGCAGCCGGGCCAAGCCUGAAGCACCUAAGUACGGCCUCGUGCAGGAGUUCUUCAGGAAUGUCUGCGGGCGGGCACAGGGCCCCACCGCCCCCCCGGAGAAGAAGGAGGCCACCGGGGAGGAGGGCCCCUCCUCCCCCAGCCAGGGGAGUAAGGACGCAGCCCUGCGGGACCCUGAGCUCAUCUCGGCCAUAGCCAGCGAGGACAUGGCGUGUGACUGCAGCUCC